GCACAGAGGGGAGCACACACCCAACUAUCCAGCAUCCAUCCAUCCAUCGUCUGUCCUCUUUCACCCCCUUCCAGCCCCACUACAGAGAGACGCACAGACUCUCUCUACCCUCUCACCUCACCUCCCUCCUCCUCCUCCUCUCCUCCCCUCACCCGCCUGGUCUCCUUGACUGACUGCAGCUGUUUGGGUGAACCGGGGAGGCGCGAGGCAGGAUGCGCGAUGGGACAAGCGUGUGGACACGCGCUCCUCUGCCGUAGCCAGCCGCCGUCCUCCGAGAUACGCGGUCAGCAAGUGUUUCUGCGUCCUGAGGAGAGUUCAGCUCCGGCUCUGACAACAAGACAGUCCACCACACUAUCCGAACAGCUGCAGGAUGCUUUGCUGCGGCUGGCGGCGGUUGUUGACGCUCGCUCGCUGCGAGUGGCCCUUCGAGACAGCAUACAGGAGCUGCUAUCCAGCACGGAGUGUGUAUGUGUCUACAUGCUGGAGGGAGACUCGAGGCUGCGUUGUGACGACCCACUGCACGAACUGCCACAGGAGGGAAAGAUCAGGAGUAUUGCAGACCAGCUGAAGCGAUGUCAGUGUGCCGGCCUUCCUCCAUCUGAGCUGCCAGAGAAAUACAGAAUCUGCCUUGCGGCACCGUUAGCAGUACACAAACGAGCUGUUGUGAUUCCUAUCUUGAACCAGGACCAUGACAAGGCCAUCGCCGUCUUGCUGAUUGGCUGUAAUCCACUCUCUGAUCAGGAUGAACUGCAUCUCAACGUGCUGGAAAAACAUGCCUCAGUGGCGUGUGUGCGUGUUCAGGCCGUGCAGGCGGUUCAGACGUCGUACCAGCGGCCUCCCCUCAGCCCCUCACCCAUACAGUCCCACAAUGCACUGCUGCAUCUCAACGUCUCAGAGCAGGACUACUGCGAGCUGGACCGCAACAUUCUGCAACUCUGUGGUGAGCUCUAUGACCUUGAUGCAGCCUCUCUCCAGCUCAAAGUCAUCAAUUAUCUGCAGCAACAGACACACUCACAGUGUUGCUGUCUACUACUGGUGUCCGAGGACAACCACCAGCUGUUUUGUCAGGUGGUUGGAGACAAAGUGCUGGAGGAGGAGAUCAGCUUCCCGCUGAUGUUUGUACGUUUUGGCCAGGUUGUUGAGAAGAAGAAGUCCAUUACGCUACAGGACAUGAGUGCCGAGGAGCGGCGGCAGCUGUCCAGUAUGUUAGGCUGUGAGAUCUCCUCCAUGCUCUGCGUCCCAGUGGUCAGCAGGGCCACCGGUCAGGUGGUGGCCUUAGCAUGUGCUUUCAACAAACAGGGUGGCCAGAGACACACAGAGGCAGAUGAACAUGCCAUCCAGCACUGUUUCUGCUACACUUCGACAGUUCUCACUUCAACUUUGGCUUUUCAGAAAGAACAGAAGCUCAAAGUGGAGUGUCAGGCACUCUUACAAGUGGCCAAGAAUCUCUUCACGCACUUGGAUGACGUGUCAGUGCUGCUACAGGAAAUUAUAGUGGAGGCAAGGAACCUCAGUGGUGCGGAGAUCUGUUCAGUGUUCCUGCUGGAUCGUCUCAGCCAUGAGCUGGUGGCAAAGGUGUUCGACGGGGGCGUGGUUAGUGACGAAGAGAAAGAGUUUCGUAUCCCAGCAGAUCAGGGUAUUGCAGGUCACGUGGCAACCACUGGUCAGAUCCUCAACAUUAAGGACGCUUACUCCCACCCUCUCUUCUACCGAGGCGUGGACGACAGCACCGGCUUCAAGACUCGCAACAUCCUUUGUUUCCCCAUCAAGGACGAAAACAACGAGGUGAUCGGGGUGGCUGAGUUGGUGAAUAAAAUGAACGGUCCGUGGUUCAACCGCUUCGAUGAGGAUCUGGCCACAGCUUUCUCCAUCUACUGUGGCAUCAGCAUCGCUCAUUCUCUGCUCUACAAGAGGGUCCAUGAAGCUCAGUUCAGGUCUCAUCUGGCCAAUGAGAUGAUGAUGUACCACAUGAAGGUCUCAGAGGAAGAGGUGGUGAAGCUGCUGGUGACGGGGAUCGAACCUGUGCAGGAGAUUCACCCUUGCUAUGCGGAGUUCACGUACACGCCUCGCUCCCUGCCUGAUGACACCACACCUACGUGUGUCCUCAGCAUGUUUGAAGACAUGGGCUUCAUCAACACGUACAAGAUUGACAUGAACACACUCGCCAGGUUCUGUCUAAUGGUGAAGAAAGGCUACAGAGACCCUCCCUACCACAACUGGAUGCACGCCUUCUCUGUCUCACACUUCUGCUACCUGCUCUAUAAAAACUUAGGGCUGUCCAACUACCUCGAGGAAAUAGAGAUUUUAGCGCUCUUUGUCUCCUGCAUGUGCCAUGACCUGGACCACCGUGGCACAAACAAUUCUUUUCAAGUCGACUCGCAAUCAGUGCUGGCUGCGCUCUACAGCUCAGAGGGAUCUGUGAUGGAGAGACAUCACUUCGCCCAGGCCAUCGCCAUCCUGAACACACAUGGCUGCAACAUCUUUGAGAAGUUCUCCAGGAAGGACUACCAGCGCAUGCUAGAUCUGAUAAGGGACAUUAUUCUGGCGACAGACCUGGCUCACCACCUCCGCAUUUUCAAGGACUUGCAGAAGAUGGCUGACGAUGGAUACAAUCCAAAAAGCAGAACCCAUCGCUCCAUGCUGUUGUGCCUGUUGAUGACAUCGUGUGAUCUGUCAGACCAAACCAAGGGCUGGAAAACCACACGCAAGAUUGCUGAGCUGAUUUAUAAAGAGUUCUUCUCUCAAGGAGAUCUGGAAAAAGCCAUGGGGAACAGGCCCAGCGAGAUGAUGGACAGAGAAAAGGCGUACAUCCCAGAACUACAGAUAAGCUUCAUGGAACAUAUCGCCAUGCCGAUCUACAAGCUGCUGUCUGAACUGUUUCCUGGGGCCACUGAGCUGUACGAGAGAGUGGCGGCAAAUCGGGAGCAGUGGACCAAAGUGUCCCACAAAUUCACUAUCCGUGGGUUGCCAAGCAACAACAGCCUAGACUUCCUGGACCAGGAAUAUGAGCUUCUACAGUCGCAGGGUGCUUUCGGGAGCGACGACCACUGCCUUAACGGUGGCCUUGACGAUGCAGAGGGUGGGAGGGGUCAGUGAUGCAGCGGGGCGUCCAGCGGUUCUCCUGAAGUUUUCUGUGGUCCAAUAAGAGGCCGAGGAUACCUUUUAGUGACCUCAGAGGGAGCGGUCUCUCUGCUGUCAGUCACUUAGAUGCUUCGCAAGCUGUGCUGAAUGGACAGGGCAAAGCUUCAAACCAAUUGAAUCAAACAAGUGAUUUAAAACAAUAGGGAUCCACCUGAGCCGAGUCAGUGAAUAGAUGCUACGUACGUGUUGCCCGUGUCUCCAGUUCAGGAAAGCAGAAGGUGGUGACUUUAUCUUCUUCAGCAGCUACACUGGAAAAAAUGUGUUUUGACCACAAGAUCAUUCAUACAAGACUGAUUCUGAUUAAGAUUGUAAAAACACACACGUGCACACAAAAACAUGUACAUGCACACAGUGUUUAGACACAAGAAAGAGGGAAACGUUCAUUGUUAUGGAAAAAAGACUUCACCAUGUAACAGUGAGAUAAAGUGCUAUAGUUUGUGUACAAUGUUUCAUCGUAUCUUAUAUUGAUUUAAAUGGCUCAGCUUUGUUCACACAAGCAACUGUCAUUGUCCCUCCCUCACCCUCACCUGCUUCUGAAUGCAUGCUGGAUGGUCACCUCAUGUAUUAUUCCUUUAAUCUGGUUCAGUGUUGAUUUCUCCAUGGCUCAGAAGUAAGAAAUGAGUUCAGUCAUUUUUUUAUAGCAUCAGAGCAGUUUUGUAUUUUGUAGCUUUUCAAAAUAUAUUCAAUGAAUACGUGAGCACCACGUUGUACAAGGGAGAUCUUGCUCAUUUGCUUAGUCAACAUUUUAGUGCAGUGAUUAACUUUACCCAGUUUUUCUUGAGCUCGCUCUCGUGCAUAAGAUAUUAAAAACACAUGCCCUCUGCAUAUUCAUGUCUGUCUGAUGAUUUCAUUUUCCUAAUCCAACUUUUCAGAGAGAGCAACUGAAGCCCUUUAAAAGAUCCAUCGCAUAUGUAAGUGUAAAUGUGCCAGAGUAGAGCGUGUUAUUUGGUGUGUCACCGAGUGUGUCAUAUGGAUCUGCCUUACUGCGCAUCUUUGCUGCCUUUAUUAGAGCUUUUAAUAUAUAGAAAAUUAAGUGUCAGUUUAGUGUGUAUGUUGUGUAUUUGUCAUAGACAGAGUUUGAGUAUCAGUGUGUUGACUGAAUGAUCACCGUGCUCAGAAGAUGUAUAUUUGCGAAAUAACUGUGUGAAGACCUCAGAUGUCAUGUCAUUGCACCACUGUCUAUUCUAAGUCGUGUACCACUAGCAGAUAUUUGACGGAUACAACACCAUUUAUUUUCAGUCGCUAUCGCACCUAUUCUCUGUUUUUAAGAAGGAAUAGCCAUCAUAGAAAUUACUCUUUCCUGAAAGCAUCAACAGGUCAUUAUUGCUGCACUCCAAAGGAAAUGUUUGGAAACUUAAAGAGUUCAGCUCUCAGAUUGUGCCUCAUAGGAAACCUGACGUGUAAGAAGCUGUGGGGUUUUGUGUUACAAUAUGCCAUAUUCAGUUUUACCUCACAGUGUUUUAAAUAGGAAAUGCUGCAAAUACCAGAUCACCACAGAAACAUUAUACAGAGAGAGAUUUCUGUAAAGGACACCGCUGUACAGUACUGUAUGUAGGCAGUGUGUGGAGAGGUGAGCGUUACUGAGCGAGUGAGUGGAUGGAUGUGUGGGUGACAACAUGAGCCAGGGAGAGGACUGGAGGUAGUUGGUGUAAGAUCAAGAGAGAAAUGUUUAGUGGAAGCAGACUUUACAGCGCUAGAUUUGAUCUAAGAGGCAGACGUCAUCUGCCAGAAUCCCUUAUCUCCUCUUCUAUGGAGCCCUGGUAAUGUUAGUGCAGGUAGGAGAAGGGAAGUUAUUGCAAUCAUAAGAUUUAUAUAAAUAACCUUUCUUUGAAAGUCUCUCAUGAGAAUGCAUUAGGGAGAAUUGGUUUAAUGUAUGCAUUGUUCCUUCACUGGGAAAUCCAUUAGCAAGACUGGAUGAAAUCAUUUAAUCUACAGUGGUUUGCUACAUGGAUAUAAUAUCUUUAAAAGACAUUGCUUAAAGGGCAUACAGAUGUAUCUGUAGAAUAGCCACUCUUUCACAACCUUGUGUGAUUUCUCAUAUCCUUUAUUUUUAUUUUUUUUAAACCACUGUUUCAUACAUACUUGCCUUUUUCAUGUGCAAUAUAAAGUAUUGUGAUGUUGCAGUGAUUCCUAUGUAAACAUGUCUGCCUCCAGUUAAAUUAUUCCUAUUGGUGUAAACGCUUGAAUGCCCCCCAAAAGCAUUCAAGUGUUUGAUCAUGUUUCCACAAAAAGAAAGUCAACUUACUGCUGUGGAUGUCCCAACAUGUGUCACUUUUCUAUACUGAGUGUGAAUCUGUCCCUUCAUGUUUGAUUUUGAAAGUCAGGGCUACGUGUGCCAAGCAAACAUUUUCUAUUUCCUGGCCAAGGUGCAACUGAAAAACAGACUUACACUCUCUUGUUUUCUUCUUCUUCUUCUUUUUUUUUUUUAUAAUGUUGGCGUGUUGAUGAGGGCUAUCUCCAUGUAAAAUCUUUCUUAUACAUCAUGACCCAGUCUGAAAUUGCGGCUUAUUCAGGAAGUAUGAACCCAAUCUAUUUUCCAUCAUCACAGAGCAGCAGGAAUUGUCCUUAAUGUCAUGGUAACAAUCACAUGUGACAUAAAUUGUUAAAAGUGACAAAAGUGUAAUUGCUGUAAAUAUCAAAGUUUUUAAAGAAAAUGUUAUUUGAUUGUCUGCCAUUAUUACAAUGGCGAGUAUUUUAAUUUCUGUAAUGUAUUUAAAGUGGUUACAUCCUGUUCUCCUUCUUUCAUGUCAUGUUUGAACGAGCCCGAGCUUCAACGUUAAGACAGAGGGAAUAAAUGACGCAUAUUUGUGUAUUUAUGAUAUACAUGUGGUAUCUGACCACAGAGGAGAACCCAAACUAAUCUGAAAUGUAUAAAUAAUGCUUACAUUUAGGACUUAAUCCAGUCAUUUGUAGAUUUGUUUUGCUGAGUUCUGAGUGCUAGUGGUCUUUUCUUAAUUCAGAUGUGUUGAACGAGGACAUUUUUGACAAGGAGACAAAUGGAUGAUAUUUUAGUUUUUCUUUUCUUUCUUAAUAAAUCUGGUGAAAGGCUCCUUGGUUGAUGUCUCUAAAAGUGCACAACACACCGUGUAGUUAAGAGUCGCCUACACUCUGUAAUGUUCGUCAGCGUGAGUGUUCUGGGUUGCCCCUGUGUGUUUGGAUCUUUAUCUGUCACACUGAUAAAGUAAUAACUGCUG